AUGGCGCCCUCGGGCCCGGGCAGCGUGAGGCGGCGGUGCCGGCGGGUGCUCUACUGGAUCCCGGUGGUGUUCAUCAGCCUCCUGCUCGGCUGGUCCUACUACGCCUACGCCAUCCAGCUGUGCAUCGUGUCCAUGGAAAACAUUGGAGAACAAGUUGUGUGCCUGAUUGCUUAUCAUCUACUUUUUGCAAUGUUUGUCUGGUCAUAUUGGAAAACUAUCUUUACGUUACCAAUGAAUCCGUCAAAAGAAUUCCAUCUCUCUUAUGCAGAGAAAGAAUUGCUGGAGAGAGAGCCUCGAGGAGAAGCCCAUCAGGAAGUCCUCCGGCGAGCAGCCAAAGACCUCCCCAUCUACACGAGGACCAUGUCUGGAGCAAUCCGCUAUUGUGACAGAUGUCAACUUAUAAAACCAGAUCGCUGCCACCACUGUUCCGUCUGUGAUAAAUGUAUUUUGAAGAUGGAUCAUCAUUGCCCAUGGGUGAACAAUUGUGUUGGAUUUUCAAAUUAUAAAUUUUUCCUCCUUUUCUUGGCUUAUUCUCUGCUGUACUGCCUUUUCAUUGCUGCUACAGAUUUACAGUAUUUUAUCAAAUUUUGGACCAAUGGCCUACCUGAUACUCAAGCCAAGUUCCAUAUUAUGUUUUUAUUCUUUGCUGCAGCUAUGUUCUCUGUCAGCUUGUCUUCUCUGUUUGGCUAUCAUUGUUGGCUAGUCAGCAAAAAUAAAUCUACAUUAGAGGCAUUUAGAAGCCCAGUAUUUCGACACGGAACAGAUAAGAAUGGAUUCAGCUUGGGUUUCGGUAAAAAUAUGCGCCAGGUUUUUGGUGAUGAGAAGAGGUACUGGUUGCUACCCAUUUUUUCAAGUCUAGGUGAUGGCUGCUCCUUUCCAACUUGCCUUGUUAACCAGGAUCCUGAACAACCAUCUACUCCUGCAGGAUUGAAUUCAUCAUCUAAAAAUCCUGAAAACCAUCAGUUUCCUGCAAAACCAUUGAGAGAGUCCCAGAGCCACCUUCUUACCGAUUCUCAGUCUUGGACGGAGAACAGCACAAGCCUGGGGAAAGGCAAAGCUGGUAUGAGCAAUCCUGCACUGACCAUGGAGAAUGAGACUUAA